CCCCCAACCCAAGGACUAAACAAGAAAUGGCAACGUCUCUCGCCUGCGCCUUCUUCUUCGACGCCGAGCCGCUCGGCGAGCCUGGCCGGCACGCGCUGGACGCCUGCGCGCUCUGCUCCAAGCCGCUCACCCGCAACAGCGACAUCUUCAUGUACAAGGGGGACACGCCCUUCUGCAGUGAGGAGUGCCGCUACGAGCAGAUGCACUUCGACGCUGCCUACGCGAGGCAGCCUGGCCGGAAGGUGCAGUCGCAGCGCAGCAGGCGCGAAGCGGCGGCCGGAGCUGGCGCCGCGUCUGUGCCCAGGAAGCCAGACGUGUCCGUGGCCAGCUAUUAACCAAGCAAGCAGAGCAAGGCACGGAAGGAAGAGUUUCGUGUUUGUUGCAGCAGCCGUAAGAGAUCCGAUGAAGGAGCUGCUCUUGGCUGGCCGCCGGCGGCGCAGCGCCGAGCAACGGGUUUGGACCCAGAAACCAAGCCAAAAAAAAAGGGGGAUGGAUCUGAAAAUUGAACCAGGCGAUUAAGCCAGAUCUGACGUUGGGGUUGGAUCUGGGUCAUGUGUGCAACGCUUGUUUUUGUUUUCCCUUUCGAUUGGCUCUUUUGGGUCGUGUAUGAGAGAGGCUAGGGGCGUAUGUGCAAGAGCAUCGUCGAUGUGUAAAUGUACAAGGCAUUUCAAGAAGUUUUGCUAGCCCUUAAAUUUUGAUCACAAACA